AAAGUCCAGAUAUUAUACUAAUGUGGUGGGGAGCGAUGCUGUAGUGAAAAAAAAAAGUUUCUCCUACUCAAAACUACCUUAACUGAAGCUUCUUUCUUGUGGAAUCGAGUAUUGGCAGCAGUGACGUCGAGCUAAUAAUUUGUUCAAAGUUUUUCAUUUUCGAGUUUUAAGGUCCGACAAGCUUCUACGACGUUCCGGCAUCGAAAUAGAUGGCGAUUCCAGCGGGAGAGGAGAAAAAAUUCGUGAAGGAGUUGUUGAAGAGUUUUUCUUCCGAAUAUUUUCAAGCUUUGUGUGCUCAAGUCAUCGACACUGACAAGACGAUAGCACCGUUGAGCAGUUUCAUUACCGGCUCCUUGUUGGCGUAUGGAGCUCGUGGAGAAACGAGAGAAGAAUAUUUCAACAAAAUUGGUCUCCCCGAAGAUAAAACUGAGUCAGCGAAAAUCGGUUACACGCAGCUGUUGGACGAAUUGGCUAAAAAUGGCAUUCGCAUAGAGCCAAAAAUCCGCUUGCCUGGUCAGAUCAAGCUCAACUCUGAUUUCGCCAAAUUCAUUAAAACUGUCUUCCGAGCAGAGCUGGGUGUUCGUCAAACAACUUCGUUGGAUGUGGUGAAAAAGGCUAACGAACACAUCUCUUUCCACAACGCUGUCACCUUCAGACCAAUUUGGCAAAUCCCAUUCGAGCCCUCAGACACAGUAAAGAGGGACUUUUACGUCAAUCAAAAUCCAAACAUUAAAGUACCUCCGGCUAGACUACGGAUGAUGUAUACAGAAGGUAUUUUCCGGGCAGAUGAUCUUCCCAGCGAGUACAAUGCAUCUUUCAUUGAGCUUCCUCUGAAGACGGAGAUUGGCGACGAUAGGAUGAGCAUCUUCGUGAUACGAAUGACAAGCGAUUACACGGGAGAGUCGCAAGCCUUUGUCGAGAAGAUAAGGAGUUUGGAUCUGACUACACUGCUGAAAGGUCCGGAGAAGCAAUUAGGCGUGUAUCUUCCGAAAUUGAAAAUAAAUUUCACGUAUUCGUUGCACGUUGAUAAAUUGGCCAUGCGCGAUGCUACUGGCAAGGCUACCGGUGAACCAACGAAGAAUGAAAAAGGGCCAAUCGACUUCAACGGAGUAGCAUCACCAUCUCCACAAAUCGAAACUCGUACGAACGUUCUAAUAAAGAUAGACGAGAACAGCGAAGAGUCUUUUGAGCCGGCGGCAGAUUAUGAUAGAGCUUUCUUAAAAUCAAGAGAUUUCGAAGUAAAUCGUCUCUUCGUAGCUCAUGUCGUCGCGAUUAAGGACGACAAACCAACUAUGUUGAUGUCGUUUAGUUUUCCUGACAGAGAUUUUAUUCACCAUGCAGACGACUCUGAUUCGGACGAGUCCUGGGAAAUAGACGAAGAUUUAUCGUCGGGCCGAGCCUGUAUGAUAAUAUAGUAACGAGUAAUUUAUAAGCUGCUGUUUGCUUAGAGAAUUCGAUGCUGCGAAUUGUCAUCGAGUACGGUAGAUUUGUGAUUGUUAUUUAAGGGGGACCGGGGGGAAAAAUGAUAAAAGUUCGAAGAUAAUGAAAAUUGUUGUUUUCUUGUUUCCAGGUGAUUAGAAUAUUUUUACAA